UUGGUGGCAAAUGUCCUACACUCAAUACCCGCACUAUGCCAGCCCUUCCAAUUCCAUCGCUCAACCUCAUUCAGAAUGGGGUGUAGAUAGACUGGCUGACCGUAUACCAGAGCGUACUUUGGUCUCCGAAUACCCAGACCGCUCAUCUCACUAUCAGAAUCACCCAUUCCAAAGACAAUGGUCCAACAACACACCACGACAGCCAGCCACCACCCAAGAAUACUUUGGCUACAAUCCUACUCAAAAUCAUACCCCACAACAUUCGACUGAUUACCAAGCCUCCUCAACCAGCUCGAGAGUCUAUGAGCCACGGCCUUCACCCACCGAACUGGGAGAGUCUCAAUCCCGGAUACUGGAAGCGCAUACCCCCGAGAGACACUCCUUUUCACGCCCACUUCCACUGAUAUUGAAUUCACAUAAUGAUAACAGAAAUAAUCUAUCUGAACUCUCUACGCAGGCGUCAUUGGAGGAAUCUAUCAUGUUGCAGCUUCAAAAUGCCACUGUCACCAGCUCUACUGAAAGAAGACCCAGCAACAUAGACAUCGAAACGGUCAGUCCGCUCAGAAGAAUGGAAUCACCACCUAUACCCCAACCUCGUAUGAGCGAAUAUUACACAAACUCGCCAGGAACCUCUUCGCCAUCCUCAAAUACAUUCGCUCAGGCACGGCCUUCGUCCGGUCAAGGAGAAGAGGCUCCCUCUCCGACGCCUUCUACUGGCACAUUUAGCAAUGCAUCUCCAGGACUUGGAACAACCGUCUUAACCCCUCAGCAAACUCCGGAUAGUGGAAGACAAAAUCCAUCCCAUUUUAUUAUGAUACCCAUCGGCAGAACUGGUCAUGGCAAAUCGUCCUUGCUGAAUAGUAUUAUCGGAUAUAAUGAAUUUAGGGCUUCCAAUAGUGUUCAGCCUGUUACCGACGCUGUCACUGAACGAACUGCCAUCUGGAAGGUUGAUAAGAAGAGGAACCUUGUCACUGUAGCGGACACACCGGGAUUUGCUGAUCCUAAUCGACAGGAUCCACGUUGGAAAGUGCUGAUCAAAGAGUACAUCGUCAGUAUAGGAAAACGAUUUGGCAUCGAUGCUUUUAUGCUGACCUUUCAACUGGGAGCUAGUGCGUAAGUACAGGUAUAUAUGCAAGCAGCAACCAAAUGACGUAUUAACUUUUUUGAAUGACAGGGAUGUCUUCUUCAAGAUUGUGGAAGAAUUUGUUGGCAUGAUGGAUGAUAUGCAACCGAAAACUUGGUGGGAUAAUGUUGUAUUUGUAUUUACAAGAUUCGACCAUUCCAUAGCCCACCUCCAACAAACGACGGCACAAAAGAUGCUUAUUGUCGGAACGUUGAUCCCGAAAGUCA